GUUCUCUCUGUCCAAUUCUCAUUUUCCAUCCUCACAUUUCUCUCUCUCGCUCGCUUGCUCUUUCACUCUCGGUGCUUGAAUCAUGAAGGACCUCGACUUCAACGCAGACAAAGUUCUCUCCAAGGAGUUCCUCUCAAACUUCGCAGAUGCGACUGGCGAGGCCAAAUACAUGAACAUUCUGCAAGAUGUCGCAAAUCAUAAAAUUAGAGCAGUGCAGAUCGAUCUUGAGGACCUAUUUAACUACAAAGACUUGGAUGAGGAAUUUCUCAGGCGGGUUACUGAGAACACUCGAAGAUAUAUUGGAAUUUUCGCAGGUGCAAUCGAUGAGCUCUUGCCGGAGCCCACUGAGGCCUUUCCUGAUGAUGAUCAUGAUAUAUUGAUGACACAGAGGGCUGAGGAUGGAACCAAUAAUGCAGAUGGGUCUGAUCCGCAUCAGAAGAUGCCUCCUGAGAUUAAACGUUACUAUGAAGUUUAUAUCAGAGCACCUUCAAAGGGGCAGGCAUUUACCAUUAGGGAGGUUAAGGCUUCAUAUAUUGGCCAGCUUGUAAAAAUAUCUGGUAUUGUGACCCGUUGUUCAGAUGUUAAGCCUCUGAUGCAGGUAGCUGUGUACACAUGUGAAGAAUGUGGCUAUGAAAUUUAUCAGGAUGUAACUGCUCGAGUAUUCAUGCCCUUGUUUGAGUGCCCAUCAAAGCGUUGUUCAGUGAACAAGACAAAGGGGAACCUCAUCCUUCAACUUAGAGCAUCCAAGUUUUUGAAGUUCCAGGAGGCUAAGAUUCAAGAGUUGGCAGAGCAUGUUCCAAAAGGUCACAUUCCACGGUCAAUGACGGUACAUUUUAGAGGAGAACUGACGAGAAAGGUAGCUCCAGGUGAUGUUGUUGAAUUAUCAGGGAUCUUUCUUCCUAUUCCUUACACUGGUUUUAGGGCACUGCGUGCUGGGUUAGUUGCAGAUACAUACUUGGAAGCCAUGUCUGUCACCCAUUUCAAGAAAAAAUAUGAAGAGUAUGAACUUAGGGGAGAUGAGGAAGAGCAAAUUGCACGUUUAGCUGAGGAUGGUGAUAUAUAUAACAAGUUGGCACGGUCAUUAGCACCUGAAAUUUAUGGACAUGAAGAUGUUAAAAAAGCUCUGCUUCUUCUUCUUGUGGGUGCUCCUCAUCGGAAGCUAAAGGAUGGGAUGAAGAUCAGAGGAGAUUUACAUAUUUGUUUGAUGGGUGAUCCUGGUGUUGCCAAAAGUCAGCUUCUUAAGCACAUUAUAAAUAUAGCACCCAGGGGAGUCUAUACCACUGGCAGAGGAAGCAGUGGAGUUGGUUUAACUGCAGCCGUGCAGAAAGAUCCUGUGACAAAUGAGAUGGUUUUGGAAGGUGGAGCCUUGGUGUUAGCAGAUAUGGGUAUAUGUGCUAUUGAUGAGUUUGACAAGAUGGACGAAUCUGAUCGUACAGCAAUACAUGAAGUUAUGGAGCAGCAGACUGUCAGUAUUGCAAAGGCAGGGAUCACCACAUCUCUGAAUGCAAGAACUGCAAUUCUUGCUGCUGCUAAUCCAGCCUGGGGAAGAUAUGACCUACGUAGGACUCCAGCUGAAAAUAUCAAUCUCCCUCCAGCCCUGCUAUCAAGAUUUGAUCUUCUGUGGUUGAUCCUAGAUCGAGCAGAUAUGGAUAGUGAUCUUGAGAUGGCAAGGCAUGUUGUUUAUGUGCACCAGAAUAAAGAAUCUCCUGCUCUUGGGUUCACUCCGCUUGAACCUUCUGUUCUUCGUGCAUAUAUUUCUGCUGCAAGAAGAUUAUCACCUUAUGUUCCAAAGGAGCUGGAAGAGUAUAUUGCUACAGCAUAUUCCAGCAUUCGGCAAGAAGAAGCAAAAUCGAAUACCCCUCAUUCAUAUACUACUGUGAGGACUCUACUCAGCAUUCUUCGGAUAUCAGCAGCGCUAGCAAGGCUUCGUUUCUCUGAAACUGUGGCCCAGAGUGACGUGGAUGAGGCUCUUAGGUUGAUGCAAAUGUCUAAAUUCUCUUUGUAUUCAGAUGAUCGUCAGAAAUCUGGUCUGGAUGCCAUCUCUGAUAUAUAUUCAAUCUUAAGGGAUGAAGCUGCAAGGGCUAACAGGAUGGAUGUGAGCUAUGCCCAUGCACUGAAUUGGAUCUCUAGAAAGGGAUAUAGUGAAGCUCAGUUGAAAGAAUGUUUAGAGGAAUAUGCUGCCUUAAAUGUGUGGCAAAUACAUCCUCACACCUUUGACAUCCGGUUUAUUGAUGCCUGAAGUUCCUGUAAAUUAAUUGGAGGCAACCCAAACGGGAGAGUAGGCUGCAUCCAUCAGCACUCAAAGGGAAAAGUGAGUGGGAAGUUUAUAAUCACAUCCGUUGCUUAAGUUGUUGUCCAAUGUACCCUUCUUAGUGUAGGUACUCAGCAUUGCAGACGUCAAAUACCAGCUGCUCGAGUUUGUGCUUCAUUUGAACCAUGAAAUAUGGAAGUGAUUAUUUAUCAGCGGAAUGAAUUUGCUUUGUUAACUAACCUGAUAAAACAAUCGUCAUUAACUUUAUCUUUUCUUUAAUCUUUCCUUCUGUUGUGUAGCACAUGGGAAUAUAUUUUGAUGGAUCGAUUGUGAACUGACUGAUGGUGGUGAAAGAAACAGUGAAAUUCUUGAGGACGAGGCUCACUGAUUGUUGAAAAGUACAGGAUUAAGCUUGCUGGCAACAAUUUCUCUGCCUUUCUAGGGUGUACUAGGUCCUGGGUAGUCUAGUACGGAAUAUCUGCUUUGUGAACGGCAUCAUCUUUUCAUGCUUUGGUUUAUCUUUCAUGUUAAAAGAAUGUGGUACCGCUGUCUAAUAUUAAUUUCACGAAAAGUGAAAAGGAAAGAUGAAAUCAUGAAGUAUGAUGAGGCCAUAAAA